GAUGUACCAAAUACUGGUAUCAAAAAGCAAUUUUGUUUGUGCUCAUUUCAUCAUUUCAUACUAGAUGACACUGUCAGCAUUACUGUCGAAACGUUUGCUUCAUCGUGCAAUAAUGUCAUAAAUACUUUAAUAUUUACAUAAUACUUAACAGCAUGUAUUGAAAAAUUAUACUGCAUUAUGCAAUGAUAAUGUACAUAGAUAAUUAAAGUUGAAUGUAUCUUAAAUGUACAAACAUAUUGUAUCGUAAACUGUACAGGUUAUCUAACAGCAAAAUGAGUUAUAAAAGUAUUAGAUUAUUUUCAAAUUACAAAAAAGGACUUCUUCACUUAGUAAGGAAUGCUUCAUCUAGCAAUGAUCAGUAUAAAUUUGAUGUAAUUGUUGUUGGUGGUGGUCAUGCUGGAACAGAAGCUUGUGCUGCUGCAGCCAGGAUGGGUGCAAAGACAUUACUAGUAACCCAUAAAAAGAGUACAGUAGGGGAAAUGUCAUGUAAUCCAUCCUUUGGUGGAAUUGGUAAGGGUAAUCUCAUGAGAGAAAUUGAUGCCUUAGAUGGGGUUUGUUGUCGUAUAUGUGACAUUUCUGGUAUUCAUUACAAAGUAUUGAAUAAAAAAAAAGGGCCAGCUGUAUGGGGUUACAGAGCACAAAUAGAUCGUGAUUUAUACAAAAAACAUCUUCAGGCAGAACUGUUUAAUACACCUGGGCUACACAUAUGCGAAUCUUCUGUUGAAGAUUUAAUUAUACAAGGAGAUUCUCCAAAUUGUUGUGGAAUAAUUCUUAGAGAUGGAACAAAAGUAUAUAGUGAUGCAGUUGUUAUAACAACUGGUACCUUCUUAAAGGGUCAAAUCAACAUUGGUCUAGAAAAACGACCUGCCGGUAGAUUAGGCGAUGAACCUAGCAUCGAACUAGCUAACACAUUGGAAAGGAUUGGAUUUAAACUGGGAAGAUUAAAAACUGGUACUCCACCACGAAUAGAAAAAUCUACCAUAGAUUUCUCUAAAUGCAUACUAGCACUUCCUGACGAAAUAUCAACACCUUUUUCAUUUAUGAAUGAAACGGUGUGGUUGCCGGUAGAAAAACAGUUAAACUGUCACAUGACAUUUACCAACGAGAAGGUGGCAAAGAUCAUAAGAGACAACAUGCAUUGUAAUUUACACGUUACAGAAGAGAUAUCGGGCCCACGAUAUUGCCCUAGCAUAGAAAGUAAGGUGCUAAAAUUUUCAGCGAUUCAACAUCAAAUUUGGUUAGAACCCGAAGGAAUCGAUUCGCCUAUAACCUACCCUAGUGGAUUAUCUUGUACGCUGCCAGCAGAAAAGCAAGAAGAGCUUAUCAAGUGUAUUCCAGGAUUAGAAAACGCUAGGAUGUUGAGACCGGGUUAUGGGGUCGAGUACGAUUAUAUAGAUCCAAGAGAAUUGACAAAUAGAUUGGAAACGAAGAAGAUUCCAGGAUUAUUUCUGGCUGGACAGAUAAAUGGUACAACCGGAUACGAAGAAGCAGCUGCUCAAGGAAUUGUAGCUGGUGCUAAUGCAGCAGCCAAGGUGCUCAAUAAAACACCGUUGAUCAUAAGUCGAACAGAGGGUUACAUCGGCGUCCUCAUCGAUGACCUAACUGUCCUAGGUGCAAGCGAGCCGUACAGGAUGUUCACCAGUCGUGCAGAGUUCCGCUUGAGUCUGAGGCCAGAUAACGCGGACAAAAGACUUACCAGAAAAGGAUAUGAAACCGGUUGCGUAUCAGAGGAACGAAUGGCGAAAACGGAGAAAAUCCUGUCGAGACUGGAAGAAAAUCUCGAGUUGCUCAAAAGUGAAAAGCGAUCGAUUUACAAAUGGAGACAACUGUUCAAUGCCUCACAGAGUAGAAAUGCUGUUACGAAAUCUGCGUUUGAUAUACUACGUACAGUUGAAAUAAACUUGACCAUCGAUAUGCUGAUUUCUGCGCUUCCAGAUCGUUUCGGACACCUUGCAAAGGACCCGAUUAUCGCAAAAAGACUAGAGAUAGAAGCAUUAUACGCGUUAGGCAUCAAGGAGCAGCAGCAAGAGGUCAAUGAAAUUCGCAAGAACGAGCAGAUGAUCAUACCACCAAACAUAGACUACAGCUUACCUCGAUUAAACUUGUCUACAGAGGAAAGAGAAAAACUAUCAGCAUUGCAACCAUGUACGAUUGCAGCAGCUAGUCGAAUAUCAGGCGUAACUCCCGGUGGUAUUUUACGCCUGAUAUAUUAUUUAAAAUCAACUGUAAUGAGCGGCGCAUGAGCCAUGAUUGAUCUGAAUAAACAAUUUACUCAAUCGUA